CCAUUAUUGGUUAAGCGUCUGGCAGCCCUGCUUUGGCAAUUUCCAUUUCGUUUUAGGCUUGGGUAUAUUCGCUUACUUAUUCCACGCCCAGAUAUAUUUCGAAAAACAUGUCUUUUAAUCGUGGAUUAAAAAGAGAUUCCUUUGGGAAUCGAAACUUCAAUAAUCGUGGAAAUAGUGGAGGAGGAGGUGGUAGACCUGGUAAUAUCGGUGGAGGAGGAGGAGGAGGAGGAGGUGGCGGCGGCGGCGGUGGCGGCGGCGGUGGUGGUAUGGGAAACAAUAUGGGAGGUGGUAUGGGUGGAGGAGGAGGAAAUAGCGGCAUGAAUCCUUGGGAAGGAGGAAUGAUGCCUGGAAGAGGAAUUUUACCUACUCCAAAUAAUAAUAUAUCUUUGGCUUCUCCGCAAGCGCAACUAGCAAUAGCGAGUAAUCUUCUUUCGAAUUUGUUACGUACUCAGCAAGAAACACAACCACAAGUACCAUCUUUACUCAGCCUUGGAAAUAAUUUUUCUGGACCCGGACCGAAUUUUCCAAAUCAACAAAAUUUUUCAUCAGGACGAUUUAACGAUCGUCCAGUAAGACACCCCGUCAAGAAUCAACGACCUCAACCGUACAAUAAGAUGGGCAAUCGAGCCCGAGAUGGCCCUGCUGGGCGACGUGGCCCAUCUGCACAACAAUCUCGUGCACCCCAGUCUGGCAAUCAACGUAUGAAUGGAAACCAAAAUCAACAUCGCAACGAUAAAUCUUCUAAACCAAUUCCUGCCUCUAAACAAAAUCAGACUGCCAAAAAGGAACAGCAGGACAAUAAGACCUCUGAUAAUGAAAAAGCAGAAGCACCUGUUGCUAAAAGUGAACUUAUGGAAGAAUCUGAAGAUAAAAAACGUGACUGGAAGGAUGAGAAGAAUGAAGUAGAAGAAGUUAAAAUAGAUAAGACAAAUGAUACGGAAGCAAAAGUUACAAAAGAAGAUGAAGACGAAAAAAAAAUAGAAAAAUGUUCUGCUACCGCUGCUGCUGCUGUUACUACUACAACUACUACUACUAAUACCGCUGCUGCUACUAAUACUACUGCUACAGAAGAAACAUCUAAAGAAGCAAAUGCAACUAACUCUGACAAGGAUUCAAAAGCAACUGGAAAGAAAUCUGAAGCUAGACAUGCAGAAAGCCGUUAUGCGGAAGUACCAAUGAGCCAUAUGUUUUGUUACAUAUGUAACAAACAUAUGUGGGACGGUUAUUCCUUUGAGAAUCAUUUAAGAGGACGUGCACAUCAACUAAUGAUGGAAAAAUUGGACGAAUCGUAUAAAUUAAAAGUUGAUUUAAUGAGACACGAAUUAAGAGUAGCAGAGGAACAACGUGGACUUAGUCUAAAUAAUUCUAAACGUCGAGGCAAAAAGAUACCUGUAGAUCUCAAUAUAAGAGAAUAUUGUACAAUGUGUGAUUUAAAUUUUUAUGGAACUUUGUCAACGCACCGUAAAAGCGAGAAGCAUCAACAGUUGAAAACAUUUUUGCAUCCACGUUGCUUCCCAUGUUUAAAAGAGUUUCCAUCUCGCAUAGAAUACGAUGAACAUUGCCUAACGCCAGCUCAUAUGAAAAAUGCCGUACAAUGUGAAGAACAACGUAAGAAUAAAAAGAAAGAAAAACUUGGAAAGGGCGAAGCUGAAGUUCGUACCGCUGAUGACGAAGAAAAGGAUAUUGGCCCUGAUCAAAAAAGUGAGAAGGAAGAUGAACCCGGAGAACACGAAUUUAUCACUGAUAUUUCAGAAAAUUUAAAGGAUAAGAAAUUUAAAAUACCUUCUUACAGGUAUUGUCGACAAAAUCAAUUAUCCAUAGGUAAAUCUUUAGUGAAGGAAGUGCAAGGAUAUUAUUGCGAAAAAUGUCGAAGAUUUAUGUUACUAUCCGAAGACAUGAACGCUCAUCUUCGUAGCAUAACGCAUUACAGAAAUUUCGUGCAAGAAGUUAAAUCUUUAACUGCUAAUACUACAAAUACAGAAUCUAAAGAAACUGAAGACAUUGAGACCAAGAGAGAUAACUCAUCACAAAAUAGCGAGGAAUACGAAGGCAAUUGGAAACGCCGUAAAGUUGCUCAUUCCGAGGAUGAAGAUAACGGAGAAACUAAAGAGACACAAGAUAACAGCAAUGAAAGUUCCUCGGUUCAGAAGAAAACCGACGGGGAUGAAAAAUAUGAUCCUUUAGAAGCUGAUGCUGAAUCAGAGGAAGAUGAGAAUAACGAAACGAGUGGAAAUAAUGAACAAACUACAGAAAAUGUCGCUAACGAGCAAGAAAAGAAAACGCCCGUUGAAAAAAUGUGGGCUGACAUAGAUAAUGACAAUGAUCUUGAAAUAGGAAAUUUAAUAGACGACGGUGAUGAGAAAGAACAUGCAGAACUUGAAAAAACAACGCCGGUUAGCGUUGAAGUUACACACACUCCGCAAAUGAAUAAAUCACCACGAGGACGUGGAUAUUCACGAGGACGCGGUGGUGGUCCUCGUGCUCGAAGAUCUCGGCGAUAAAAAAAAUAAUUCAACAAAAGGAACAACAACUGGAAUUCAUAAGCGUAUUUUUGAAUAUUCUAUUUCUCUCUUUAAAAAGAAAAGAAAAAGAA